UCAACAGUUCAGCUUCUCAAAAUGAGGUUCCCUUCUCAGCUCCUGGGGCUGCUGAUGCUCUGGGUCCCAGGAUCCAGUGGAGAGGUCAUGCUGACAGACUCCACUCUCACUGUCAGUUACCCCAAAGAGCUGGCCUCCAUCUCCUGUAGGGCCAGUCAGAGCCUCCUACAUGGUAAUGGAAACACCUAUUUGAGUUGGUUCCGGCAGAAGCAAGGCCAGUCCCCACAGGGCCUGAUCUACAAGGUUUCCAACAGUUUCACUGGAGUCCCAGACAGGUUCAGGGGCAGCAGGUCAGGGACAGAUUUCACCCUGACAAUCAGCAAGGUGGAGGCUGAGGAUAUGGGAGUUUAUUACUGUGAACAAGGUACACAUGAGCCUCCCACAGUGGUUCAGCUGAAAGCACAAACCUCUCUGUUUGGCAGUCCCCACUGGGCAUCCUCCCUUGGUGAGACUGUGCUGACCCAGUCUCCUGCCGUCCUGUCCAUGGCUCCAAAAGAAGGAGUCAGCCUCACCUGCUGGGCCAGUCAGAACAUUAACAAGUGGUUAGCCUGGUAUCAGCAGGAGCCAGGGAGAGCUCCUAAGUUCCUGAUCUAUGAAGCAUCCAAGUUGGAAACUGGGGUCCCAUCAUGGAUUAGCAGCAGUUGGUCUGGGACAGACUUCACCAUCACCAUUAGCAGCCUGGAACCUGAAGAUGCUAGGACCUACUAUUGCCUGCAGUCUAACAGCUACCCGUCCACAGUGCUACAGGUCAGAACCUAA